UCCUUUACUGAAAUUCAUAACCUCUAAUUCAUACGUUAACAACAGUUAACAAGCGCUAGUAAACUAUCGUAUAUUUCUGUGUUGUGAUGUUUGAAAUCUCGUACGAUUAUUGCAAUAUAUUGUCUUGAGAAGUGGUGUUCCAUUUUGUUAAUUUGACGCAGAAAUAUUAAGUGAUUCUCCAAAAAAGUUCACUCUAUUUAUGUGUGUUUUGACAUUCUGGAAUUGGUUCAUGUGUAGCAUAAACAGAUAACAACAUAUCUUGAUAUUGUUAUUGUUUUGACAAGUGCAUAAAGAUGCCUUAUUGGUAUUAUGAGAAGAAAGAGCUUAGAAAUACUCCUUCAAUUCAAGAUGGAAUUGACUAUGAAACAGAGUGUCGUUAUAGAAAAGAAGGAGCUCGAUUCAUCAUUGAUGUUGGAUCAAAAUUGGAACUUGGAUAUAAUACCAUGGCCACUGGUGUUGUAUACUUUCACAGAUUCUACAUGUUCCACUCCUUCAAAACUUUUCCACGAUAUGUGACUGCAUGCUGCUGUCUAUUUUUAGCAGGCAAAGUUGAAGAAACACCAAAGAAAUGUAAAGAUAUCAUAAAGAUUGCAAAAACAUUACUCAGUGAACAAAAGUUUAACACAUUUGGUGAAGAUCCAAAAGAAGAAGUGAUGACAUUGGAACGAAUCUUGCUGCAAACAAUCAAAUUUGAUUUGCAAGUUGAACAUCCAUAUGGGUAUCUGUUGAAGUAUGCCAAAUGUUUAAAAGGUGAUAAAGGUAAAUUACAAAAAAUGGUACAAAUGGCAUGGACUUUUGUCAAUGACAGUCUUUGUACUACAUUAUCACUGCAAUGGGAACCUGAGAUCAUUGCAGUUGCUCUGAUGUACUUAGCAGGAAAAUUAAGUAAAUUUGAAGUAGUGGACUGGCAAGGGAGAACUCAAAAGCAUUACAGAUGGUGGGAUAUGUUUGUUGAAGAUAUUACCAUGGAUUUGUUGGAAGACAUUUGUCAUCAAGUGUUAGAUUUAUAUUCAUCAACCAACAGCACAUCAACACCAGAAUCUCCACCUACAACACCAGGCUCCAAUGAGCCAGGCAGAGAUAGGCCUUCAACUCAAUCCUCAGAUCAUUCAGCAUCAAAUACACCAAAUGCAGUCACUCUAGCUAAAAUCCCAAAGACUGAAGUAAAGUCAAAUCCUGCCAAUGGCAUUCCACCUGUAGAUAUACAAGAUGCCCCACCAAUGGACGUUCCAAGUCAUUUUCCACCUUACACGAAUGCAUUUACUCAAGGGAAUACAACCUUUCCUCCUGCUUUUCCACCAGCAAAUAUCACAGUGCCCCCACCCCCGGUAAAUCACAUUGUACCAUCGACGCACAUGAAUAUGGGCGUGCCACAUCGUCCACCACCUGCUCCGAGCACACCAGCUCAACCGCCUUUCCACCAACCUUAUUACCCACCAAAUACAAAUUAUUAUCCUGGUGGACCGCCGGUACCACCAUUGAGUGCACGACCUUAUUAUCCGCCUCAAUUAUAAU